AUGGACAUUCUUAGUUGGAAUUGCAGGGGUAUCUGCAAUGACACUACUACUAGGGUGUUGAAGGAUCUGAUUUCCCAAAACAAGCCCCAAAUCGUGUUUCUAUGUGAAACAAAGAUAAGCAAGAUGGAGGCUUUCAAGUUGCUGCAUCAGGCUUUAGGGUUUCCCAAUUCGAAGGAGGUUCUUAGUGAUGCUCAGGCAGGAGGUCUGGCUAUUUUCUGGAGUGCGAAGAUCAAUCUGCAAGUUCGCACGCGAUCAGCGCAUCAUAUUGAUGCUGUGAUUCAAGGCGGGCCGGGGGAACCUCGAUGGCGCAUGACGGGUUUUUAUGGUUAUGCUCGUACUGUCGAGCAUGAUCGUUCAUGGCAAUUGUUAAAAUACUUGGGCGACUCAGACUCGCUACCAUGGGUGAUCAUUGGGGAUUUCAACGAGAUUCUAAAUAACGGGGAAAAGAUUGAUGGUCCACCUAGGGCUGAGAGGCAAAUACGGGGGUUUAGAGAGGCGUUGGGGUACUGCGAUCUCCUCGAUCUAGGUUUUCAGGGUUCUAGGGCUACAUGGUGGAAUGCAGAAACUCAUUUACGUCUAGACCAUGCAGUUUGCACUCCUUCCUGGCUUGAUGUGUUUGGUUAUGCAAAGGUUACUCACCUCCCACCUAGUGAUUCAGACCAUAUACCGAUUCUUCUUCAGGCAAGUGAAGUGCCAAUCCCAAAACGACCUAAGCAUCAAAGGUUCAAAUUUGAAUCUUUUUGGCUGCAACAUAAGGAUUGUGACCCGUUGGUAAAAACAAGCUGGCAAGCAGAGGUUUCAGGAGUCCCAAUGUUCCAGGUUGUUAAAAAGAUAGCUCAUACCCGGAUUGCAUUGGAUAAAUGGCAAAAAAACACCUUCAGACUUAGGCAGCAGCAGAUGUUGGGGGUUCGGGCCAGGUUGGCAGAGCUCUUGAAUUCCUCGGCUACUACUUCUAUUCAAGAUGAGAAGAGGAUACUGAUGAAUAGACUUGAAACUCUUUUCUCUCAGGAAGAAGCAUUUUGGAGACAAAGAGCCAAGGUUGAUGGGGUUGAGCAUAUUGUUACAUCUUACUUUACAAAGAUGUUCACAGCUUCUCCGGUUGAUAUGGAGGCUAUGAACACUAUUUUGGAAGCCAUUCAACCCAGUGUGACGCCAACAAUGAAUGAUCAACUUUGUAGUGAGUAUACUGAGGAAGAAAUUCGUUGUGCUUUGUUCCAGAUGUAUCCCACAAAAUCUCUUGGUCCAGAUGGUAUGCCCCCACUAUUUUUUCAACAUUAUUGGGAGGUGAACUUUACACACAUAUGUUUGAUUCCGAAAGUCAAUAAUCCUGAAAGCAUGUCAGACUUGAGACCUAUUGCUUUGUGUAACGUCAUUUACAAGAUUUGCUCUAAGGCAAUUGCUAACAGGCUCAAAGUUUUGCUUCCUGAUAUAAUUUCACCAUUUCAAAGUGCUUUUGUGCCUGGUCGGUUGAUCACAGAUAACAUUCUUGUUGCUAAUGAGAUUGCUCAUUUUGUACAUAAUAAGAAGGAAGGCAACGAUGGUCAUCUGGCGUUGAAAUUGGAUUUAAGCAAAGCUUAUGACAGAAUGGAGUGGCUAUUUCUCCGAAAGGUGAUGGAACGUUUUGGAUUCACAUGGAUGUGGAUUGAAUUGGUUAUGCAGUGUGUAUGCUCGGUACAGUUUUCAUUUUUGAUCAGAGGUAAACCUAGAGGACUUGUCACACCGAGUAGAGGCUUGAGACAGGGUGAUCCUUUGUCACCCUACUUGUUUCUACUAGGUGUCGAAGGUUUUUCUGCCUUAUUGCAGCAGAAACAAAGGCUAGGGUUACUCCCAGGGAUUCAGGGUGAAAUUGCUUCUUAUAAGGGAGUGGAAGUUGUGGAUUCACAUGAGCGGUAUCUAGGUCUUCCAACUUAUGUGGGCCGCAAGAAAACGGCGACAUUCCAAUAUAUCAAGGAUAACUUGGCCAAAAAGUUAAAAAAUUGGCAGGGGAAGAUGCUUAGUGGUGCAUGCAAAGACAUUUUAAUUAGGGUUGUCGCUCAAGCUCUUCCAACUUACGCAAUGAGUGUGUUUCAACUGACGACAAAUUUUUUUUGUGAAGACCUGGAACAGAUGUGUGCUAGAUUCUGGUGGGGAAGCACCGAAGACAAAAGAAAAAUUCACUGGAAAGCUUGGGGGUCUCUUUGCCAUCCUAAGGAAGAAGGCGGACUUAGUUUUCGGAGUCUCACUGAGUUUAACAUGGCUAUGUUAGCCAAACAAGCUUGGAGGAUUGCUAAUGAUCAUGAAUCCUUAAUUGCUAUAGUCUACAAGGCUCGUUACUUUCCUGGGAGCUCGUUUUGGUUGGCUCCUGUUCACAGCGCCCCAUCAUACUCAUGGAGAAGCAUUUUUGCUGCUAGAGAAUUGCUUAAAGCAGGGACAUAUUGGCAGAUUGGUACUGGUAAAUAUGUCAAAGUUUGGUCUGAUAAUUGGGUUCCAGGUAUAUCUACUUUGGUUCCCAACAUAGGAUUGCCUCUUGUUAAUGAGAAUAUGACUGAAGGGGCUGAAGCAAUUUUAAACAUUCCUUUGUCUAGGCGGUUAGUUAACGACAGAGUGGCUUGGCGGUUGGAGAAGAAAGGGGAGUUCUCCGUCAAGACAGCUUAUAGAUAUGCUUUCUCCACUUCUUUGGAGAGGCCAGGGAUUUUGGAGAAUGUGACAUCUCAAUUUUGGAAGAAGAUAUGGCAGGCUAACAUUCCAAGCUCGGCUAAGGUGCAUGUGUGGAAAGUUUGCCACAACAUUCUUCCAACUCUAACAAGACUUGUAGCCAAACAUGUUGUCAUUGAAUCACAACUGUGUGUUCUUUGCAUUGGGAUGAUGGAAUCGACUCUACAUUUAUGUAGAGAUUGUCCGUUUUCAAGGGAAGUUCUGUGUUCGAAUUCUUCUAUUGCUCAAGUGUGUUUCACAACUGAGUCUGCAGAUUUGGGGGUGCUGGAAUGGCUUAUAUUUUGCUCAAAUAGGUUAGCAGCUAAUCAAUUUGAUUUUUUACUGUUCUUGUUAUGGGGAGUUUGGAAAGAAAGAAAUUGCAGAGUUUGGGAAGGCAAGACUAGAGGUGUGAAUGAUGUUGUUUUAAUGUCAGUCUCUAGACUUCAAGAUUUUGUUUCCCAUAACUCAAGGAGUAUUGGUGGUAUUAGACGGGAUGCGGGCAGGAUAUGCUGGAAGAGUCCUCAUUUGGGUUCUGUAAAACUGAACACAGAUGGAGCUUUUAUUUCGGAAACUAGCGCGGGUGGAAUUGGCUUGGUGAUGAGGGAUAAUCUUGGCCAAUUCCUAGCAUGUGAGGGUAAACCGGUACGGGGCCUUCUUUCUGCUGAGCAUGCAGAACUUCUGGCUUGCAAGGCAACUAUUGAUCUCAUUGUGGAUAGGUCUUUGCAACCAGCUAUUGUCGAGACUGAUUCUUUGAUAGUCCAACAGCAACUUGUGGGGGUUGGUAACAACCUUUCAAGGCUCGGAAGAAUUUAUGAAGACUUGAAGCUUCAAUUGGAUGCUCGGCCUAACGUCAAAGUCAUACAUACUCGACGGGAAGCUAAUGUGGCAGCUCAUCUUACAGCUGCGCAAGCGCUUUCAUCAGGCCAAACUUUCUAUUGCUCCUCUACACCUUCUUUCCUUCAUGAUGUAAUAGCUUCUGAGUAUUGUAACAGUUGA